AUGCCCUCCUCCCGCCGUGUCAAGCUCUUCGCCGUAGCAGCCAUAACCACCAUCCUCAUAAUCCUAUACCUGCGAUCAACCAGCUACCCCGACAGCCAAUCCCGCUACCUCAAAGCCCUCGUCGACAUCUCCGACCAAGAGCGCCUGGCACAGCAGCAGCACGAGUCCCUGGUGCCCCCCGUGGACCACAGCCAGGACCUGUCCGACUCGGCGGGCGUCGCGGAGCGGCUGAAGGAGGCCGAGGACGCGGCGAAGAAGGCGGCGGCGGAGAAGGCGGGGCCGAGGCCGGACUCGCCGAAGAAGGUCGAGGAGAGCAGGAAGGCGAAGAACGGGGCGGCGAAGGCGAAGGAGGAGGAGACGGAGGUGGAGUAUGAUCCGUUGGUGGAGAUUGCGGAGUAUUUGAAAAGGGCGCCCAUUGUGAUCUUCUCAAAGUCCUACUGCCCAUACUCGAAGCGCGCCAAGAUCCUCCUGCUCGAGAAGUACAACAUCGUCCCCGCCCCGCUCGUGGUGGAGCUCGACCAGCACGAGCACGGCGCCGAGAUCCAGGCGGCCCUCGGGAAGCAGACGGGGCGCAGGACGGUGCCGAAUGUCAUGAUCUCGGGGAAGAGCAUUGGGGGCAGCGAUGAUGUGUAUGCGUUGGAGGCGGAGGGCACGCUGCAUGACACGAUCAGGAGGAUGGCGGGGAAGAGGGUUAGGUCUAUUGCGAUUCUUAAGGUUAAGGAAUAG